AUGAGCACAUGCUGCGACGGGGAUUCGUAUUGUUCUUCCAGUGCAAUAUACGACGUGGUACGGCCAACAUCAGCUGCAACAAGCAUGACGACUUUGAAGACCGCUGAUGAUAUUCGCGUCGCCAUCGAUGCGCUGGAGCUUGAUGCGGUUGCGAGUUAUUUCGACAACGAUCACGACGAAAUUGAUCCGUACGUCGUUUGUGAGGGAGUCUCCGUUACUGCGUUCAAUACGUAUGUUGGAGACGGUGAAGGACUGCGGAUUCCACUUCGAUUUCUCGCCCUCAACGAUGGGCGUAUCGUGAUAGUCGAACUUGUAACGGUAGUGCAUGAGAGUACGGCGGCAGAAUUCACGAGCAAAUUCUUACGUGCGGCAGGAAAUGAAGACGAGGUCGGAAAAUGCGGCUCGAUGACAGCGAGAAGAGCUGCCAACCCGAACAAGGAGUCUGAUGCGACUUUUGGCCCAAAGAGAACUACGCUCAACCGAACACCGGCACCGGCACCUCGCACCGUUACCGAUUGGGUGACACUGGCAGUGGAGGUUGGACGAUCUCAAUCUUGGGCAAGUCUGAAAGGUGCUGCCAGAUGGUGGUGCGGUUAUACUGGGAUCCAGUAUGUGCUGCUAUUGAAAAUCAGUGCCCCUGGUACUCAGAUUCGAUAUGCGCUCUAUGACAGUACGACCCGACCACACCCAACCAUCAGACCAACAGCGAGCGGAACAUUUCGACAUGCAGCUGCUGGAGCUGCUGUCAAUGUCACCUUCGACAUGCGCAGAAUAUUAUCGAUCCCCCAGAAUGCAGCUCUUCCACCUGGCGUGAACCCAACAGCUCGUGUCGAUCUGCGCAUCGUCAUGGAUCUUGUCAUCGAUAGUCUUUAA